CCAUUCCACUCUGCUAUCAAAACAUCAGCGGCGUACACUAUACACAUACCAGUAUAAGUUUUCAGUGCUUUCUGGGAUUCAUCUUCUUGGUGAUCUGCUAUCUGUGUAAAACUGUGCUGUCAUAGCUGACCAAGAAUGGCCAAGUUAAUAUAAUUUCCAAAGGUGGCAGUAAAACCCUUCAGGUUAGCAAACCAACGAGGAAGAGUUUUUUUUUCUUUAAGAUCACUUCCUGAAAAAGCUUGAGAGAAGUAAACAUGACCUUCAGAAUAUUUGGCAAGAUUUCUGUCCUAAUCUUGUUCGUACGGAUCCUACAGAUAUAUGCGGCAUCAGAAUGCAAAUCAAAAAACAUAACCUGCACUGAAAUCCGUGUUGCUGAGGGAUUUAGAUAUGAACAUGAAUGCCCAGAAGGAAGUGAGAUUGCUCUUGAACGAAACAAUAAGAUGAAUUUCGGUUCUGCUGAUCUACGCAAACAGUUGUUUAACUUUUUGCCACCAGUAGUGAAAAUGGAUAACCAUUCAGUGAUCACAGAAGACUGCCAGGAUCUUAACAUUACAUGCACACUUACUACUGAAAACCUCAAAAAACUAGCCGGAGAAAAGUGCGUGAAUUUCAAAUCCAUCCCUGCAGAGAAUUUUCCACCAGGCAAUCCAAGUGUGAGUCCUGGGCCACCAAUCCAGGAUCAAAGAAACCUUGGAUGGAUUGCAGUUCUGGUGAUCCUACUUGUUAUCUUUGGACUAAUCUCUCACUACUGCUCGAAAAACCAUAAGAGAGGUGUGAUAGUCAACUGUCUCCAAAGAAACCAAGAAGGAAGUGGAUUCCCAAUAGUUCAAACAGGAGAUUUAGAGGGACAAAACAAUGCUGAUGUCAGGAAUGGAGAAGAUCCACGUGGAUGUGGUGAAAAUGACCGAGACGCACUUCAAAGUGUUAUGAGUGGAAACAAGGGAUUUCCCAACACCACCACUCCGUCUGAUCACAAUCCAAUGAACGGCUUUAGGAAGAUGAAUGAGGAGCCAGGCGGAAUAAAUGGAACUAAAGGACGAGGAAAUACGAGGGAGCUGAAUGGUGGAGGGGCUGCUGCUCGUCAUCACACUGAAGAACAACCACUGCUGCCAGAUCAGCGAACUGCCAAAGGAGAUUUCAACAGGUCUUAUGUUGCUGUGACGUUGGUGAACGAGCUUAGCUCCAACCUGGAACCAGUCACCAGAUGCUCUGCAACACCAGAUGCUGACGUGGAGUCAACAUACUCUGAGAAACCAACAAAUUAAUUAUAAUAGAUAAAUAUGAUAUACUAUAUAUGUAUAAUGCAUAUAAAUAAUAAUAAUAAUAAUAAUAAUAAUAAUAAUAAUAAUAAUAAUAAUAAUAAUAAUAAUAAUAUCCCUGUCACUAUGUGAGAUAUUUCCUGACAUAACCUUUAGGCUUAAGUUAUUUUAUAAAUUUCACACACACCUUUUGUCUUUGAAAAAAAAUCUUUAAUAAUCAAAAGAUGUGUGUCAAAUUUGUCUUGGAAACAAAUUUAAGCAUUUAAAUGUUUCUUGUUUCUUUAUAUUCGUACAAUUUGGAAAUUGUAACUAUCUCAACAACCGUAUCAGGUAUCUUACCCUGGUUGUCAUGGCAAUUAUCAAUAUGAUUUUCAUGCAAGAAAAUCUUGACUGUUGAACUUAACCAAAGGAGUGGGUGAACUACAUACAUGUCAGGAAUAUGUCACAUAUGAGGGCUAGAGAAAAAUGUAUGUCACUAUAUAAAACAUAUUAUGAAUAUGUAUAGCUAAACUAAAGAUAUUUUAAAGAUAAAUAUUUUGGUAUUGCAUUUCAGUUAAACUCAAUAUCUUAUACUCCUGGCAGAUUUGAAUAGUCGCAUUUCUUCUCAAUGAAAGGAAUAAUAUUUUAGACCCAGAUUCCUGACAUAAAUCCAAUAGGUAAAGAUUAGGGUGAUGGCAGAGAGGCCCCCAAUCUUAAAGACUUGGAGCUCCUCACCAAAACGCAAAUUGUAAAAAUACCAGCAGAAAAAAGCCAAAAAUCUGGUUAUGCAAAAAAUUCAUAAGAAUGGCUUUGUUACUGUAACGGUUUUUACAAUUGCAAAUCACUUUUACCGGCUGUUUAAAAAAAAAA